AGACAAUAAUGGUCAUGUAAAAAAUGAAUGCAAGACAGAUGAUCAUUUCGUUUUCAAAAUAUGAGUUUUUUAGUAUACAGUAAAUGUCAAACUCCAUACAAACACACUGACAGAAAAAUAUAAAACUGUUACCAUAUUAAUUCGCUUAAGAAUGAGAGCAAACAAUAUAAAUAACUGUUUUUUGUGUCAAAAAAACAUAUAUUUUUUAUUUGCAAUUUAAAAUUUGAAAGAAACGAAACAGCAACAUAAAUAAAUUAGAAAUAAAAGAAACUUGUCAGAUUUGCGUUCAAAUAAUUAUAAAAAGUGUAAAAUGCCUCGUCAAAAAAGUUUUUUAUACAGAAAAUUUUUUAGAGUUGAAGCCAACACCAAUUACAACAAGUGCACAAUAAUAGAAAAUGAACGUGUUUGUGGGAAAAUCUUAAGGAGUGACCACGGAUCGAACUUAGCGAGUCAUAUAAAAUCCGUCCACAAAAGUACUUGGGCCAAAAUAGAAAAAAAUUCUAUAACAGAACCAGAGAAUCAACCCUCAACUUCGAACAGAUCUGUUGCAAACAUGCUCCAGACUAAAAUAGCCAUUAAUAUUAACAAAGAAGUUUUACUUAAAUCCUGUGUAGAGCUCUGUUCUGUGAAUGGAAGACCAUUUUCUAUUGUGGAGGACUCAGGAUUUCGUAGCAUUGUAGACCCAAUUAUACAAAAAUUAGAUAUGACUUUGAAUCGUCGGGUCGUUAAAGAUCAAGUACUUCGGAAAUUCGAUGGUAUUGUAAAUACAAUUUCUAAUGAGAUUAGUGGCAAAUUACUAUCUCUUAAAAUUGAUGGCCUCACACAUUUGAAUAGAGCAUUUCUCGGUAUCAAUGUGCAGUAUAUUAAGAAUAAAAAAUUGUUCUUCGGACUUUAG